AUGAGCAGCGACACCCUCACCCGAAGUUCUCGACGCGAACCUCGAGCUGCGCCCGGUAAGUCGAGCCCUCCAGUUCGAGACUCCGUUAAUCGCUGCGGCGCCGGCGCCAGCACAAGUUUACCUGCGGGGCCCGGAGCGGAGUUCCGCGCGCUCAGCGCCCCUCCGCGGUGCGGCGACACUCGCGCCCGGUGCGCCUGCGGCAAGUGCGGAAGGCGGCCGCCAAGAUCCGCCAAGUUUCCGGCGCGCCCUUUAAUUACACUGACGGCGACAGGUAGGCGGAUUCCUAUUGGCGGGCCGGGCCGGGUCACGCGCCUGGCGAGCCGGUCGCCCGCGGCGCAGCGCAGCGCCGGCCCCGGCGCCGGUAAUUACAAAUUCCUGCCCCGGGCGCGCGGCAGCGGGGCGGGCGCCGCACGCUUACGCACUUCUUGCUGCCCGACGCCGCCGCCGCCGCCGCCGCACUCGUCCAGACGGUCCUUCCCCCCUGUUCAGGCCGACGCGCCACGGUCACAGCCAAUGACAACGCCGCGUCGCCGCCCGCUCGGCACCUAA